CCAGAAUCUUGAUUAGUAUCUUGCUUUUGCCUUUUGUGUAAAAUGCCACUCAAGGCACUGUGCCAUCCUCUUUGCUGAGCUCACAGCAUCAGCCCACGAUAAAAAAAGGUCCCAGAAAACAUUGACUCACUGCAUCCCAGCAUCCUGACAGGGCUGUGUGUCUGCAAUGAGAUCUCCCCAGCCGGAACUGCGAGGUUUCAAUGGAAUUGGUGUUUGUGAGGCUGCUGUACCUUCCCUGAGUUGUGCUACCACCUGUGCUGCGUGCUGGGAACAGGGGUGGGAGCACUGGGAUCACUGCCCAGCACCUGGCAAGGGGCAGCGCUGCUGAGGAAGCAGCUGGAGCCGGGGGCUUUGCAUGUGCAUGAGGAGUUUUCUGCAGAAGCUUUUAGACUAAAUUGCUGAGAAUUUUUGCCUGAAGCAAGGGAUGUUUCCUGUAUUUAAGACAAGCAGCAACCUGCAGUCAGAAGGAAGAAGGGACUGAAUUUACUCCAGAAGUAUUUCUCUGGGAUCUUUUUUCAAGGGACCAAGAGAGGAGACUGUGAGAAGAAGGCGAGAUGGUCCCAAGACACUGCUGUUGGCAUCUGUCGUUUUCCAUGGAACAGAAAUCUGAGUCUUCUCUACGCUGAGUGCUCCUGUGUCCCAUCUGCUACCACACCCUGAAAUCAAACUCGGCAGCUUAGGUGAAUCAGGCACUGUACAAACAUGUCAGACUUGCCUCCACCCCUUUUUCUUCUCCCGCUUUCUCCUGCCGUCUUUCUCGCUCAAGUUUAUCGACGUGUCAGCGGAUUCCAGUGGCGGAGCAUUCUCACUUCAUCUCUGGUCACGGAGCAAUGAGGAGUCAGGGGGAUGUUUCUGGAAGAGAAGAAAAACUGGGAGCUGGAUUCCUUUGGGAAGGAGUUUGCUUCAUCUUUACUCCUAUAGCCCAGCAACGCCGUCCUCCAAUCGGCUUUGCUGCAUGACAGUGGGAGAGUUUACCUCCAGACCCUUCUUUCUCCUCUCCCUUGGAACUGUCCACCACCAGCAUUGUUGCAGCAGGACUGCCAGGCAUUAAUGCUUUAAUGUAUUUGGGGACAGAGCACUGAAAAAACAGAAGAGCAAUUUGUGUCUGGCACCAUGUUCCGGAAGAAGAAGAAGAAACGCCCGGAGAUCUCGGCCCCACAGAACUUUGAGCACCGUGUCCACACCUCAUUUGACCCAAAGGAGGGCAAAUUUGUGGGCCUGCCUCCUCAAUGGCAGAAUAUUCUGGACACGCUGAGGCGCCCCAAGCCAGUGGUAGACCCUUCAAGAAUCACAAGGAUGCAGCUCCAGCCUAUGAAGACCGUGGUGCGGGGCAGCACUGUGGAAGUGGAAGGCUACAUCUCUGGGUUGCUCAAUGACAUCCAGAAGCUUUCUGCCAUCAGCUCGAACACUCUGAGAGGCAGAAGCCCCACCAGCAGGAGGAGAGCCCAGUCCCUCGGGCUCCUGGGAGAUGAGAGACCCCCAGACAUGUACCUUCAGAGUCCUGAAGGAGACUGGGCAGACAAGUAUGGGAACUACCUCAACUGCAAUGGUGGGUCCAAGGUGGCCCGGAGGCAGACCAUGUGGCCGGAUUACAAGCCCCGCCUGGAAGGGCAGUCUCAUCCCAACGGCAUGGUGACAAAAGCCCAGUCCCUGGGGCCCUCGGAGUUCCAGGGCGCCGAUGGCAGCUGUGUGCAGCGCAUCUCUGGGCUGCAGCACGUGCCCGCUGUGCCAGGGGACAGCGACACGGCCAUGAGGAGCCCGGAGGAGGGCUGGCUUCAGCGCCAGCCCAGCGCCAGGCCCUCGGGGGAGGGCAGCCCCAACUCCAAAUCGCGGGAGAACAGCCUCAAGAGGAGGCUCCUGCGCAGCGUGUUCCCCUCGUCCAGCACCUCAAACAAGCCGGGCCCUCCCCUGCAGAUCAAGCCUAAUGCUUUCUUCAAGCCCCAGCAGUGGGGUUCCCCGCACAGCCCUGCAGCCAAAGCCCAGUCUCUCCCCCCAGACCAACCUGCCUCCGAGUUCCCCAGGAUGAUCUCCGAAGCUGGGACCCCCCAGAAGUCCCCAACAGCAGAGAAGGCUGUGGCAGUGCCACCAGGCCGACCCUCCCCAGCAGGGUCCCCCAGGAACAGGCAGACCCAGACCAGCUCCAGCAACCUCCACCUGCCCCAGGACUCUGCUGGGAAGGGGCAGCCAGCCAGUGAGGACCCUGUGGUUGUGACUCACGAGCAGUUCAAAGCUGCCCUCAGGAUGGUUGUGGACCAAGGAGAUCCCAGGGCACUGCUGGAAAACUACAUCAAGAUUGGGGAGGGCUCCACAGGAAUCGUGUGCAUCGCUCGGGAGAAGCACUCGGGGCGCCAGGUGGCCGUGAAAAUGAUGGACCUGAGGAAGCAGCAGCGCCGGGAGCUCCUCUUCAAUGAGGUGGUGAUAAUGAGGGACUAUCAACAUGUCAACGUCGUGGAGAUGUACAAGAGCUACCUCGUGGGAGAAGAGCUCUGGGUGCUGAUGGAGUUCCUGCAGGGAGGAGCCCUCACAGACAUCGUGUCUCAGAUCAGGCUGAACGAGGAGCAGAUUGCCACAGUGUGUGAGUCGGUGCUGCAGGCCCUGACCUAUCUCCACUCUCAGGGGGUCAUUCACCGAGACAUCAAGAGCGACUCCAUCCUUCUGACGUUGGAUGGCAGGGUCAAACUCUCUGAUUUUGGCUUCUGUGCUCAGAUCAGUAAAGAUGUACCUAAAAGAAAAUCCCUGGUGGGUACUCCUUAUUGGAUGGCUCCAGAAGUCAUUGCAAGGAUACCAUACACCACCGAGGUGGAUAUCUGGUCCCUGGGGAUCAUGGUCAUAGAGAUGGUAGAUGGAGAACCCCCCUACUUCAGUGAUUCUCCAGUCCAGGCAAUGAAGAGACUCCGUGACAGCCCUCCUCCCAAACUGAAAAACUUCCACAGGACCUCCCCAGUUCUGAGAGACUUCUUGGAGAGGAUGUUGACACGAGAUCCAUUGGAAAGAGCAACAGCACAAGAACUUCUGGAUCACCCCUUUUUGCUCCAGACAGGACUUCCAGAGUGCUUGGUGCCCCUUAUCCAACAGUACAGGAAGCGCACCUCCACCUGCUGACUUUAUAUGAGGGGAAACUCUAGGGAAAAGGAAUGUUUAUAAAAGAAAUAUAUAGAAAAAAUUAAAGAGCCCAGGCAGUCUCAACCUGUGAAUGGUGCUUGGAACUUGCCAGUGAUUGUUUUGGAGGACAAAUGUGAAUCCUGUCCAUGCAUCCUCAGCCUCCUGUGGCUUCUCCUUUGCUGAAGACAAUCAAUACAGACUGGAUCUGAGUGAGACCAAGUCUGUCUCAAGGAUAAAGCGGGUAUUCCAUGGCUUGCAGGUCACUGCUGCCGAAGGAUGGCAUUCGAAAGUGGAGUCUGAAGUUGUGUUUCUGAAUGUCUGUGGGUUUCUGCACACCCAGGCUGCUGACUACUGAGCUGGAACGAUAUUCCCCACUUAGAAAUGUGAUCUUUGUUUCCUUCAUUGUGCACUGGAGCCAUGAGCUGACUCACUUUGGGGCACAGACCUCUUUAAACUGUCAAUGCACAAAGACCUUUUUUUUUUCCUCUGAGACCUUUUCACAGAUUAUUUUAAUUUCCCUUGGUUAAAUAUGGACCUAGAAACCUGCACACCCUUCCUUAGGGAUCAGAUGUGAUAUGUAUAUAUUUGUUUCUAAGUGGCUCUCUUGCAUCAACAUGCUUCUCUUUUGCUGCAGAAUGUGUAUGGUUUAGUGGUCAAUCUUGAAUUCAUUUCAUGAUUUUAAACUUUUGGAGGGGGAAACCCUUGGAUACAGUCCUCAAAGUGGACUCUAUGAAGACCAGGUGCUCUUACCACCAGGAUCUUAUGGUUAAAAAUUCACCAUUUGCAACACCUUGUGUGCUGGUUGGAAUGUGAACAGCAUGCUCCUGUGGCUUGCCUUCCCAGUCCUUUCUCUCUGGAGAGGCUGAGAAGUGCUGCCCUGGUGCAGUUAUUGGGUAGCAUUUUGGGGAUGCUGUAGGAGACCAAAUGGAAAUAUUUGAGCUAUCCUGCAUAUCCCAGGAUUGAUUUUUGUGUUUGUGUGCUGCUGUCUGGCUAUUGGUCUGCCCUUCCCUGUCAGCCCUUUAAUCUGGAAGGUUUCUGGUUGUCUAAACAGCUCUUUCAGCUAUUUUGAUGUAGUUUUAGGUAUUUUGUAUGCUGCACUCUCUGAUCAGUGAGAUCCUCAAGGUAAUUGGACUCUAGGUCGGGAUUAACAUUGUACAGUGAUGGUGUGUGUUGUUGUGAGGUCUCAAGAAAAUAUUUGUAGAUGUGGAGCUGGGAUCUUGUUUUGAAACUCCAGAUACCAAGAUUUUGGACUUUUAGGUAUUCUCAGGACAGUCCUGCUGUCUCAGAAACUGACCUCAGAACUGCAUUUUCUUCAGAAGAUGUUCAUAACCUCUGUCCUCUGCUAUUUGCUCCAGCUACAGAUCCUGCUUCAAAAUUGAAGCCAUGGUUGAUUACUUGAAGUAAUUUGGGAUGGAAUUCAUCUGCACUGCUGCCAGCCAGCAGAGGGUGGGCACCCAGUCUGCAGAAUGUGUAGGUUGGCUCUGUAGCCCAUGGGGAGAGGAACACCCCUGGGCCAACAGCUCCAGAGGUGGUUCAGACAUCUGCUGAAGGACAAAAUCACUCUCUCUCUCACUCAUGGCAGGUAGAGAGGUCGUAGGGGGUUUCUGUAAACUGGAUGUCUAAGUUUGGGCCGAUGGAGUUGGUUGAAAUUAAUUCAUUAAGCUCCUCCUUAGCUGCACUGGAAAAUUUUUGAUGUAAAAUGUUUCUGUAUUCCAGAUAUAUUACUUUUUUUUUAAUGCAAAAAAAGCAGGGCUUGGAAAAGAUUUAUAAUUUGAAACAAACAGUCCUGCCUGUCUUUAGUUGUGAAUCCUUUGCACUUGUGUUUUAAAUUAAAGUAGUUCUUGAUUUAUUCAUAAA